AUGCCAAAACACAUCUUCAUAACCGGCUCCACAGGCUUCAUCGCCAUCUUGGAAGCAGGGCACCGCGUCCGACUAAGCAUCCGCAAACCCUCGCAAGAAUCAGCCAUCCGAUAUGGACACCCAGGAUACACCUCGCAGAUCGAGACAGUUUUGAUCACGGACUUCUCGAAGCGGGAAUCAUUCACGGAUGCGUUGGAGGGUGUGGACACCAUCUUCCACCUCGCCUCUCCGAUGUUGGGGGUGGAAUUGAUGUUUGGCACGGCAUAA